ACAAUGGAGCAGAAUUCCCCAAUGGCAUUCCUCAUUUUCUCAUUGUUUUGUCUGUUUGCCUCUGUAGCUCAAGCAAAUUAUUAUUACAAAUCCCCUCCUCCAUAUUUAUAUAAGUCUCCUCCUCCCCCAUCUCCUUCUCCACCACCUCCCUACCGCUACAAAUCUCCCCCACCUCCCUCUCUUUCUCCACCACCACCUUUUUCAUCUCCUCCACCUCCGUAUCAUUAUAAGUCCCCUCCACCACCAUCUCGUUCUCCACCACCUCCGUAUCAUUAUAAAUCUCCUCCUCCUCCCUCUCCAUCUCCCCCUCCACCAUAUCACUAUUCUUCUCCACCACCACCUUCUCCAUCCCCUCCACCUCCAUACCACUACAAGUCUCCCCCACCGCCAUCUCCUUCUCCACCACCUCUUUACCAUUAUAAAUCUCCUCCUCCCCCCUCUCCAUCUCCCCCACCCCCUUAUCACUACAAAUCUCCUCCACCGCCAUCUCCUUCUCCCCCACCUCCCUACAUCUAUAAAUCUCCCCCUCCACCCUCGCAAUCUCCCCCACCUCCAUAUCACUACAAGUCUCCCCCACCACCAUCUUCAUCACCUCCUCCACCAUAUCAUUAUCCAUCUCCAUCACCAUAUCAUUACAAAUCUCCACCACCUCCUGUUUACAAGUACAAGUCUCCUCCACCCCCUACAAAAUCUCCACCUCCUCCUGUUUAUAAGUACAAAUCUCCUCCACCCCCUGUAAAAUCACCACCACCUCCCCCUCCAGUCUACAAAUACAAAUCUCCACCCCCUCCUCUCUAUAGGUACAAAUCUCCUCCACCCCCAGCAAAAUCUCCACCGCCUCCCCCUCUAGUCUACAAGUACAAAUCUCCACCCCCUCCUCUCUAUAGGUACAAAUCUCCUCCACCCCCAGCAAAAUCUCCACUGCCUCCCCCUCCGGUCUACAAGUACAAAUCUCCACCCCCUCCUCUCUAUAGGUACAAAUCUCCUCCACCCCCUGCAAAAUCUCCACCGCCUCCCCCUCCAGUCUACAAGUACAAAUCUCCACCUCCUCCCGUUUACAAGUACAAAUACCCCCCUACUCCUCCCCCGGUCUACAAAUAUAAAUCACCUCCUCCGCCAGUGUACAAGCACACUUCUCCUCCUCCACCUCAUUAUUAAGGAGCUGAGGCAUCAAUAAGGUAUAAAAUGACGUUUGCUUGCUUCAAAACAAUGUGGGCAGAUGCUAUACCUACUUAUUUAUUUCUAUAUUUCAGUGAGCUUCUGAUAGUUGUUGAAUUCAACAAUCAAAAGUUCAAAAUGUUGUAUGAGAGCUUCUUCAAUUUCUAUGCUGUUUCCAAAUUGGACUAUCUGAAAGAUUAAAUUCAACAUGAAAGAUUCUAUCAGAGCCAGCGGAACAAUAAAUCCGCCUCAAUUCAUUGGAUUUCUCAGUAAUGCUAUGGUUAUCUGUUUAAUAA